AUGUCGCACCAAGCUCAAGCGUCCGAUCCAGCUUGGCCGCCCGGGACGGUUCAGCUUGAAGACUUUCCACAGGAUGGUCAGACGACUGAUAUCAUUUUGCAGCCCGCACCUAGCCAUGAUCCUAACGACCCCUUGAACUGGCCGACAUGGCGUAAACAUCUAAAUUUCGGCUUAGUCUCCUACUACGUCAUAAUGGUAUUCGCAAUAAUCGACGUGGCGACUGUAACCUGGGGCCCGCUAAAUGCGGAGCUGGGCUUCAGCUUUGAACUCCUGAAUGAUAGCUACGCCGCGGGGUGCGGAUCCCUUUGUAUCGGCGGCGUGAUUCUAAUGCCCUUCGCUCUCAAGUACGGUCGACGACCCGUCUAUGUAUUCAGCACUAUCGCUCAAUGUGCCUUUUGUGUUUGGCAAGCCAAAAUGCAAACGGUCGCUGAUCUCAUGCCGGCCAAUAUAUUGAGCUCUAUGGUUGGAGCUCUCGCGGAAGUGCUUGUACAAAUGACGGUGGCUGAUGUCUACUUUGUUCACCAACGCGGACUCAUGAACAGCAUUUAUGUCUGGUUCAUGACGGUCGGAGCUACACUGUCCCCACUGGCUGGUGGGUACAUUGUUACCUCGCAAGGCUGGCGCUGGGUUUGGUGGUGGAUGGUCAUACUGAUGGGCGCUGGUCUUGUUGCCUUCGUCUUUCUCUACGAGGAAACAAAGUUUUCUCCUACCCUCGAGGGUGUUGCUCCCGCUGUUGCUCCCGCUGAAAUAUCCUCAUCUUCCAAAAGUGGAGAUAAGAAGUCUCCGACCGACCCAGAAAUAGAGGCCAACGUAGCACAUAAAGAGGGAGAGACUCAGAGAUCUCACGCGACCCACUGGAUAGACCAUUCAAUUCCAGUAAAGCCUUACUGGCAAAAGCUGGCUUUAUGGUCAACAUCCCCGGGGUCGUUUGCCAGCAUGGCUCGACACAGCGUCGAACCGUUUAUCCUUCUUUUCACAGUCCCAGCCAUUUUCUUCAUGUCCGUCGUUUACGGGGCCAUGACGGCCGCUGUGACUGUCUCAGUGACUACUCUCUCGUCGUACAUGACCCUGCCACCUUACAAUUUCAACGCCUCACAAAUCGGCCUCAUGGGACUGCCGCCAUUCAUUGGUACAAGUAUAGCAGUUCUGAUAUCCGGACGGCUUAGCGAUUCGCUUGUCCUAUAUCUCGCAAAGAGGAACCGGGGUGUCUUCGAGCCUGAAAUGAGACUCUGGAUUGCAAUUGCUUUCAUACCAUUCGUGCCAGCCGGACUUUUCAUGUUCGGCAUUGGAUUAAACAACGGAUCCCCUUGGCCGCUGGUGGCCGUUGGGUUGGGGAUUGCCAUAUUUGGAACUAUUCCAGCUAAUAGCGUAGCCUUGACAUACCUUACCGAUGCAUAUACGGAUAUAAUCGCAGAUUCCCUCGUUGGGGUGACCUUCAUCCGCAACCUCAUCUCGACGAUCUUCGUCUUUGCUCUGUCCCCGUGGAUUGCAAGCGUCGGAUUGAGUGGCUUUUAUAUAACCUUUGGGCUUAUCCUUACUGUAAUCCUGUCGGGAAAUCUGGUCUUUAUCUACUUUGGAAAGAGGUUCCGGGUUAUGACGACAAAGAGAUAUCGAUACUACGCCGAACGCCAGAUGGAUCUAAGAAAUUAA